AUGAGUGACAUACGAAAUUUUUUGCAAAAGAAACGCAAGAUAGAAUUAAGUCCAUCAAGUAUAAAUGAAGGCAAUCAUGACAUAGGUAAUUUAAGUAAUUUAAGUACUAAUAGUUCUAAUAGUAGCCAACAAAAAGAAGUGCCACAACUCCAAUCAAGUAUAAAUGAAGGCAAUCAUGACAUAGGUAAUUUAAGUAAUUUAAGUACUAAUAGUUCUAAUAGUAGCCAACAAAAAGAAGUGCCACAACUCCUUCAUCAGUUGACUGUUGGUGCUAAUAAAUUAGAUAUUGGACUGUAUUUGAAUUCCUACGUUGAUGACGAAUUACGUUUAAAGUUAUUGAAGGACCCCUGGGUUCCAUCAAAAACAUAUGACUUCAAAAAAGAUUUGACCAACGGCUCUACGAGAGUAUUUCGUAUAGAAUGGUUUGCACUUUAUCCAUGGCUAAGUUACUCAGCUGUUUCUAAAGGCCCACUAUGUCGCGUUUGUGUAUUAUUUCGACCUCGAGUACAUAGAGGUGUUCAAGGAGCAUUCAUUGUUUCACCAUGCAUAAAAUAUCAAAAAUUUAACGAGGUUUCAAAGGCUCAUGAAAUUAGUAUUUGGCAUAAAGACGCAAUUAAUGCGUCACAACAUUUUUUAAACUCAAAAGAGAGAAAACAAUUGAGUGUUCAUGAGCAAAUAGAUUCGGCAUUUAAUAGAGAAAUAGAAGAAAACAGGGUGAAACGUAGUAAUGUAGAUAAUUAUGCAAAAUAA